AUGGGCGUGGCAGCAAGGAGGGGCGAUCCGCGGGGCAGGAAAUCGAGCUACCUGAUUGGUUCGCUGGGCAGGGUCUGGAUCGCUGACAUGCUAAUUUUGGAUCACGCGUCGGCGACUGCGCAGAAGCGCAAGUGCCCGGAGCAGGAGCCGGCGGCUGGCACAUGCCCCAGCGGAUGCGGCUUCUUCGGCGCUGCUGCCACCGGCGGCAUGUGCUCCAAGUGCUACGCGGAGCAUGUCGUCUCCGCCGGCGCCGACACCAAGACCGCCGCAAAGACCGUCUUCAUCGCCCCUACGGCUUCCACGUCGCCACCGGUGAAGAAGGCCAAGAUGAUCGUCGCCGGGUCGUCUUCUGACGCCGCGGCCGAUUCCGCCGCAGUUGACGCAUCCGUGCCGUCCGUGAAGCAGCAGGCCUCGGCGGCGAACCGGUGCCUGACGUGUCGCAAGAAGGUGGGACUGCUGGGUUUCCGGUGCCGUUGCGAGGGGACGUUCUGCAGCGUGCAUCGCUACUCCGACAAGCAUGAGUGCGGGUUCGACUACAAGAGCGCCGGACGGGAGCAGAUCGCCAAGCACAAUCCCAUGGUGGUCGCCGACAAGAUAGCCCAAAGGAUCUGAAGCUUAGAUAAUGGCUGUAGUUGAUCACCAGAACG